GUUUGUAAAGUGGUGCGGUGUUGGCGUGUGUUUUAAAUUGUUUUGGCCGUGUGUGUGUGUGCGUGUGUAUGUGUGUGUGGUGGAUUUAUGUGUGUGACAGGACAUCGGUUGGUUUGGACUGAAGGAAUGAACACUCUGGACUGGAGACAAACUCGCGGUCGGCGAUGUGCUUGAUACAUCGGAUUGAACAUUUUUUUUUUACGUGACAUAUCCGGUAGUUUGAACAGCUGCUGUCUGACACGUACGGCUCAUCCAUGGUCAACUCCUGUCUCCUGGUCGUAGCAGCGGCACUGUCCGUCUCCACCGGACAAGGUGAGUUCAUGCACACUGCUCUUUUAUAAAUCACAUUCCGGAAAUGAUGAUGUUAAUGAGUGGCGUUAUUUCUGUCUACAGCUGGGAUAUAAAAAUAUACCGCUGGGCUAUGUCCGUCUGCAGCAGGGUUAUGUCCGUCUACAGCUGGGCUAUAAAAAUAUACAGCUGGGCUAUGUCCGUCUGAAGCAGGGCUAUAUCCGUCUACAGCUGGAUUGUGUCCGUCUAUAGCUGGGUUACAAAAUUAUAUCGCUGAGAUAUGACCGUCUAAAGCAGGGUUAUGUCCGUCUACAGCAGGGUUGUGUCCGUCUAUAGCUGGGUUACAAAAAUAUAUAGCUGAGAUAUGUCCGUCUACAGCUGGGUUAUGUCCGUCUACAGCUGAGACCGUAUGAAAACUAUAAAAGACUUAUCAGAUAGGAAGUUAUAGUUGUAUUGUAAACCUCAUCUGGAAAACUUCACUAUUUUUUAUUUUAUUUUUUUGAAAUAACAAAAAUUGAAACUCAUUCUUAAUUAGUUUUACCAGACGUCCGUAUUUGGUACGGACAGUUUGUGAUUUCGACCCCCCCCCCCCCCCCCCUCUUCUUUUUUUUUUUUUUUUUUUUGUCUGUACUAAUUUUUGCGUCCGUAUCUGUCAUUAUUUUCCUCUCGUCGUCCGGCGUGUCCGUACUUUUGGCAGCGACGUCUUGCUUGCCUUAUUUCCAUUUGUCUUGUCUUAUUUCUCCGCAAAAGCCAGCGCAGUGAAUGGUUUCAGCUCCACCGAACAGUCCGAAAAUAACAAAUUUAUAUCUCCAAUGCUGUAAAAAUAUCACGCAAUGUUGAUGUUGUGUAGGAAUUAUCGUUAUAAUGUUGCCAUUUCUUUUCACAAAUGAACGAGUUAGUAUUACAGUAAUAUUAAAUUUCGUCCACCGUAUCUUCAAUGUGCUAGUUCAGUGGUUCCUAUAAUGUUUCGAUUCCCGGCGCUAAUGCUAAAAAUUUGGUUUUCACCAUUCUUUUGCUGCCCUCUAGAAUAAUAUUUUUCAAUUAAGUGCUAAUUUUAGUUUACUCUGUUUUUACUGUUUGCUGUUUGUUCGCUGCGGAGAAAAUGCUGCACUUGGGGCGAAGCCGGAAAAUGGCGCCACUUAGUAUAUAGAAAAAGUGCCCUCGGGGCGGAUCAGUAAAAAAGACAAUUCCCCCCCCCCCCCCCCCCCCCCACCCCCCCCCGUCUUUCUGAAGUAAAUGGGAUUUUAUAUCACUAUUAAGAUCCCAUCUAAAGAAGGUUUUGGCUCCCGCUGGUCACUGGCCUCUUUGCCCCAUUCUCUGGUUCUGCCCGAUGGCAACAUGGCUCUUUAGGUGUCCAAAAGAAGUCAAGCACAACCACACUCUUCCCCACCCACCUCCCUUAACCACGGGGCCGGUAUGAUUCCAGCUCCUCUAAGCCUUUGUGUCCGUACUUUGAAUCCAGGAAACAAAAUUAUUAAAGCUUAUCUUGAGUCAUCUGAUUCUAUUGGGUUUUUUAUUAAUUUUUUUUCUAUUUCCACCCACAGUGCUCGCCCAUGAGACGCCAUGUAACGUUGGCAACGACACAAAAUGUUUGCUGGGAGUUAGAGAUUACCUGACCACGCCAACAUGGUGGUUCGGGGACGCCUACAGGUUCGUUAUUUAUGAUUAACUUUAUCUAGAGUGAUUUCUUGAAGAACUCUCCACCCAGUGACGAAUCAUAAAACGUGUUCCAGAAGAUCAUAAUCAAGUAAUUCCAUUUGGGGAUAGAGGUUUGAAAUGGGUUUUUUGCUUUGAUUGCUCCUGUUUACUGUUGUAAUAUCAUGGGGGGUGACCCCAAAAUAAUUGUUACAAAAUGUUGAUGCACCUUUAAAUGUGAACACCAUAUUGUAAGUAAGAAACUCUUUGAUUUCCAUAAGGUUUACUGUUCUAAAACAUGCUAUCAUUUGCUGUGGCCACCUUAAGUCUACCGUUCCAAAAUAUACUGUCAUUUGACGUGUCCAGCUUAAGCCCACUGGUCCAUUGCCCCCACUGGUAUGAUAAAUCGCUAGGCUUUUAGGGGACAAAAGAUGUUCGGAGUUAACAGGCAAAUCUCCGUUCACAGCGUUUCACGUUUGGGUUGUGCCCCAUCCCCCACCCUUCACACUUUAAGUGGGCAUUCGGAGCUACUUGAGGAUACAGACUGCAAAAUUGACACCUAUUUUACCUAUUAUUUCAUUUUCAAUUUAACUUAACAUCUAUACAUUUUUCAUAACUAUUCAUAUCGUUAUUCUCUCAGCACCGCCUGCCCGGAGUCUACCAGGAGCAAGAAUCCCGCAUGUUUAAACCCUGAUCCCACCCAGAAGACAGUCAUCUCCCGUCUGCUGCAGAGGACGAACUUUGACGUCAGCAAAAUCACACAGUUCCUGCGCAUGCGCUUCUACACCUCCGCCGGUUCGUAAGUCCUCAAAGGAUUGUUCUAGGUGUUCAUGAGUUUCUUUGUAUGGCUCUGUUUGUUAAUUUGUUUCAAUUGUUCUGUUUGUUAGAUUGAUUACAUUGCUCUGUUUGUUUCUUUUUCUAUUACUUUUUUUUUUUUGUUGUCUGUGAGGUGGGCGGAAAUGUUGUUCCUCACUCACUCAACAAGAGAGCCAGAACAUAUUGCUACUCGUCCACUGAAAUAGAACCUGGAUCUAGGUAGGCAGAUAUACAAGAUAACACUGAAGCAAGGGUGACCAACCCAAACGGCUUCUUUGGCCACUUUGAUCGCUACUCAGCCGCUCUUUGGCCUCUUUGAUCAGCUUUUGUUUUGCCACUUUGAUCGCUAGUCAGCUUUUCUUUGGCCACUUUGAUCGUUAGUCAACUUUUUCUUUGGCCACUUUGAUCGCUAGUCAGCUUUUCUUUGGCCACUUUGAUCGCUAGUCAGCUUUUCUGUUGCCACUUUCAUCUUGCACCCCCUACAAAUUGUUUGGCCAAUACUUGCACACCCUACAAAUAGUUUGACUAAUUAUUUCAUCCUCUACAAAUUGUUUGGCCAAUUCUUGCAACCCUACAAAUAGUUUGACUAAUUAUUUCAUUCUCUACAAAUUGUUUGGCCGAUUCUUGCACCCCCUACAAAUUGUUUGGCCAUUUCUUGCAACCCUACAAAUAGUUUGACUAAUUAUUUCAUUCUCUACAAAUUGUUUGGCCAAUUCUUGCACCCCCUACGAAUUGAACAUAAAUUGUCUUAUUGCGUAAAGUUAAAUGUUUAUGAAGAAACUAUAAAACGUAUAAAAUAUGUAUGGCAUAACUUUUAUCGCAACGCUUUCGAGCACCGGAAGUUGAUAAAUCAUGACGUCAUGCAUUGCAUAUAUAAUUCAACAGGUUAAAGAUAAUCUCUGCCCCAUCCAGUACCUAGAUUCUAGACAACUUUUCGUCCAAAAAUAAAGUUUCCUGUAAUCACCGGAAUUUUUCAACGUUUCUCGUUCCAGGUUCCUACGUGACCUGCGGUCAUAAGAUCACCGUGCCCAACGUCUUCAUGGACGCGGACGUCGACAGCACACACGUCAGCUACCUGGACAUGUGGGUACUCGCCCGGCGUCCGGCCAUCACAUGGGAGCCCGAGCCGGGGGCCAUGUACACGCUGGUCGCCUACGACGUGGGUCAGAUGAAUCUGGCCGGAUUGUGGGUCAACAUCGGAGGUGGAGACUCGGCACUGGGCCAAGUAUGUCAGAUAUAAGCAGAGGCGUGACUCACAAGGGGGGGGGGCAAGGGGGCUGUGUACACGCUGGUUGUCUACGACGUGGUUCAGAUGAGCUUGGCCGGAGUGUGGGUCAAACAUCGAAGCUGGAGACUCGGCUCGGGACAAGUACGUUUGAUAUAAGCAGAGGCGUGUCUAACAUGGGGAGGAGUGAGGAGGGGGUGGGUACACGCUGGUGGCCUACGACGUGGGCGUGGGUCAGAUGAGCCUGGGCCUGGCCGGAGUGUUGGUCAACAUCGAAGGUGGAGACUCGGCUCUGGGACAAGUAUGUCAGAUAUAAGAAGAGGCGUGUCUCACAAGGGGAGGAGGGGGGACUGCUCCCCCUGUCGUACCUUUUUAGACCCAUAAUGUGUUCGUUGCCUUAGUUACAUUACAUAAUACUAAUCGAAAAAUGAUAGACCUGCAUUCAUUUAAAUUCCCGUGAUACUUUUAAAAAAAUUAAUCGUUUGACCUUUGACCUUUCCCACCUAAUCUCUAUUGAACACCAAAAAAAAGAUACUAAAUUAACUCAUGAAAGAAAUAUUAACACCAACAACCAGCUUUACAGAAGUUAUACUGUUCUAAAGCCAUAAAUCUAUUUUUUUUUUAAUUCCUGUCGAUUUUUUAAACCAGUUGAAUCUAUUUUCUCCUUCAAUCCAUUAGAUCAGCCAUCUGGAAUAAUUGUAAGUGAACUGAACGUGAAUCUGUACCAUCCCCCAGGUUCUUGUGCGACAUAACAUUCCGCCUAUUUCAUUCUCCACUCCUAAAUCUCCCUUAGGAACUGGUGCCAUACAGAGGACCUCUGAACGCGUUCGACCGUGUCAAUCUACACGUCUUCGCCCUGUUCAAACAGACCGGCCCCAUCGACGAGGCUCAGUUCGACCUGAUCACGCAGAACAUUGACGACUACGUGGCAGAGAAUGGCCUCUAUAGACUGGAAAAUCUUUUAGCGGCGAUCAACCAAAUCCAAGGUGUGAUUUUGCAUUUGCUUUCUUUCUCAAAUUGAAUUGUUAUAUUAUUUUUUUUAAAUUUAAAUCCUCUAUUUUAAAUUCCCUUUUCAUGUUUUUUUAUUACUGCCUGGGUGGUAAAUUGCUCGGACGGCUAAUUGACCCACUUCCCGUCAAGCUGUCGAGCUGAAACUCAGCACAUAGUCUCUUUACCGAUGACAACACUUUCUAUCAGAUUUUCAGUGCCUCCCCCCUCCCCCCCCCCACACCCACUUUUUCCCCAACCCCCCACAUUAUAUUUGUUCUUUUUUUUUUUUUUUUUUUUUUUUUUUUUUUAAACCCCAGCUCAUCUUUUUUCUUUUUUCCCCUUUCCCCCCCCCCUUCCCCCCCCNCUGUCUUUUGUGUCUGGCACAUACGCUGUCUUUUGUGUCUGGCACAUACGCUGUCUUUUGUGUCUGGCACAUACGCUGUCUUUUGUGUCUGGCACAUACGCUGUCUUUUGUGUCUGGCACAUACGCUGUCUUUUGUGUCUGGCACAUACGCUGUCUUUUGUGUCUGGCACAUACGCUGUCUUUUGUGUCUGGCACAUACGCUGUCUUUUGUGUCUGGCACAUACGCUGUCUUUUGUGUCUGGCACAUACGCUGUCUUUUGUGUCUGGCACAUACGCUGUCUUUUGUGUCUGGCACAUACGCUGUCUUUUGUGUCUGGCACAUACGCUGUCUUUUGUGUCUGGCACAUACGCUGUCUUUUGUGUCUGGCACAUACGCUGUCUUUUGUGUCUGGCACAUACGCUGUCUUUUGUGUCUGGCACAUACGCUGUCUUUUGUGUCUGGCACAUACGCUGUCUUUUGUGUCUGGCACAUACGCUGUCUUUUGUGUCUGGCACAUACGCUGUCUUUUGUGUCUGGCACAUACGCUGUCUUUUGUGUCUGGCACAUACGCUGUCUUUUGUGUCUGGCACAUACGCUGACUUUUGUGUCUUGUUUAAUGCUAGAUCCGAUGGCCGUGGGUUUCAUACCCACCAAGGCUGACCCGUACGGCGUGGCCAGGGUCAAGGCCAUGAACACCGUCAACAACUGCCCGUGGUUGGUGUACAGGAUGAAGCCGAACCUGCAGAAGAUCGUCAACGUCUACAAUAUCACUGGGUAAGUCAUGAUUGUCCCUGUCUUCAGCUUCCCUGGGUUGGUCAAGAUUGUCAUUGUCUACAACAACUCUGGGUAAGUCAUGCCUGUCAAUGUCUACAACUCCCCCCCCUUUCCCAUCCUACAAUAAUUUUGUUGUUGUUGUUGUUGUUGUUGUUCCCUUCACGGUAACUAUUUAAUCCACCGCGUCAAAUCAACAAGAAAACUUAAAUUACCAUAAAAUCAUUUCAAAUAUUAAAAAAAAAAAAAUCUUUUAAAAUAUGAAGUUUAUUCCAGAGUGAAUGUACAUUUCACGUGAGGGCGCGCACUUGGUCUAAUGAACACAACUUUAUUAUUUUCUCAAGGGGUAAAGAGGCGAAUAGUUUGGACGUGGAGGUGGAAGUGACAUAUACAAGUGACGCCAUCAGUUUCACCGCCUGCUGUCAGUCCGUCACGCAAAGGUAGGGAGGCGGGGGGGGGCUGCCUGAAGUGUGGGCUGUGUGGUACGUGUGGGGGUACGAGAGUGAUUAAAUGUGGUUGAACGUCAGCGAUUUAAAACUAUAACAAACAAAAAAAUGUGUAUACCUUUCUUGCGUUGACUGAAUGGAGUGCUAGUUACUCUCUCUCUUGAGUUUAAAUUCAACUAAUAUUUGGAAACAUAAAUAUCAAUGAAAUCUCUGUGGUCAUGAAAGUAAUUGUUGAGGUUCAUUUAACAAAUGUUGGAAACCCCCCCCCCCCCAGACACACACACACACACACACUCCUCUAUGGUUCACAGAGCAAGAACCAUCCAGUUGGAUCCCUUGAGCACAGACCCAGUCAGCCCCGUGUUUGUUAGAGCCGCGCCGUAUGUGAGGCUAAGCGCUGUCAAUAUGUUGGACGCUAACGCUUUCGAAGGUGGGUGCUAUCUGUUGGCGUCAGUUCACACGAUCAAAUUAACUUCAAAUUCGCGUCAAAUUUUUGUAUGAACGCACUAUUUUUUUUUGCGUGUUUUUUUUUUUUUUUUUUUUUUGGACAGAAAUGUGAAUGUGAUAAAAUAGUGUUUUGAAAGUUGUGACAAGGCUCCAUACAAAAAUCGCAUUAAAUGGAUAAUAUGGUCGAAAAUUUUAUCGUGUGAACUGAUUUUUUUUUUUUUGUUUUUUUUUUUUUUUUUUUUUUUUUUUUUUUUUUUUUUUUUGGACAGAAAUGUGAAUGUGAUCAAAUAGUGAUUUGAAAGUUGUGACAAGGCUCCAUACAAAAAUCGCAUUAAAUGUAUAAUAUGGUCGAAAAUUUGAUCGUGUGAACUGAGCCUAAGAAUGUUAUCCCCAUAAACCAGAUCACACCAAAAGUAAUAUUAAAUAUAGUUCAAUGAAAGUUAAUCGUAUGUUGGUAAGUAGACUGCCCGCAAAACCAAAACAAAAAAAAAAAAUUUUUUUUUGGGUGUUUUUUUUAACAAAAAGGUUAAUUAAAUUUUUUUUAAAAAAUACUGACGAUUGAAAGGUUGGAAUUAUGCCUUGAGCCUUGGUCGCGCGCCAUGUUUCAGCUCUUAAGCAUUCUGCCAACCAGGGAUUUAAUGGACUUUAAGAAUUGAAAAUAAAACCUAACCUCAACCAAUUAAAUUUUUUAAAAACGGAUCACAGGGAGUGAAUAAAAUGCGAUUCCAAUGUGUACUCAUGUAAACAAAUUUAUUUUCACCAAACAGAUAAGCUGUACACUUUGGUUCUCCUGGACGUCACCAACGCCAUCUUGACUCCAUCCUCGCGCGUGACGUCACUGCUGUGGUUCGUCAUGGACAUCCCGGGUCAGUACGCCGCGGACGGGAUGCAGCACGUCAGCUACGCGUCGCCGGUGCCCGCGCUGGAGCGCUCCGCGGACUCGCUGUACGCCUUCUUGGUCUUCAGGCAGGAGAGAAGUUUGAUGAUAGGGUUCAACCUGGCGAUCUACUGCACCGGCUCCAGGUAGGUCGACAUGUGGAUGACGCGGACACUUCAGUCAAUGCCGCCGUCAACUAUGGUGAAAAUUAUUAGAAACUUAACUGAAUAACAUAUUGCCACCAUCGACUAUGGCGAACAGUGUCAGAAGAUAUGACUACAUUUUUCAAAAUGAUAGUAACUGUUCAACUUCACUAAAUUCUUCUCUAAAAGUAGGCCACCAUCAACGUAACACGGAAAUGUAGGCUCUUUGCCAGGAAAUACAUGUAUAUAUAAAAUAUAAAAAUUAUGUGCUUAAACAGCUCACUAGGCUAUACACCGUUCAUGUGUAAUGAAAAUAAUACAGUUAUAUUUUGGCAGAAAUUAGACAAAAUCCUGGCAUGACCAAUGUUGGCAACUGAGUUUUCAGUUUUUAAAAAAUUUAAAAGACGUUUUUAAAAACUUCAAUAUUUUUGUAUACACACAUCUAAAUAAUAUAUCUACAUUUAAUUUUUUUUUUUAAAUAAAUGUUUUGUACUAUAAUCUGCAUAUUAGAAUACUAUGUAUGAUCAGAGGUGUAGUUAGGUUUAAAGUUGUCAACAUCAAUUGAAAAUAUAAGACCAUAUUUUAACCCCCAACCCCCCACCCAACUAAAAAAGUGCGCCUUCUAAAAAAAACAUGUUUAUUUACAAAAAAGAAGAAGAAAAAACCUAUCCAACCUAAAUAGGUUCUGGGGGAAACGGUCCUCGUCUCACGGGUAGCAUAUCCCAGCUGUGACGUUGUCAAGUGUGGUGGCCUAAAUAAAUACCGCUCACAAACAUAUAUUUUAUUGCUCUACAUUCUCAUAAGUAAUAUGUGAAUAGUGUGUGAAUGGUAUGCAAAUAGUAUGUAAAUAGUGUAUGAAUAGUGUGUCACCCAUUUUCCAAUAGGCUCAGGCAUCCUCAGCCCCCCCCCCUUUUUUUUUCACAAACCAUAUAAACAACAACAUUUUCCUACCGACAAAAACAUCUACAUCUAGAUGUAAAACAUCAAAUUGGUCAACACUUGGUGCUCUGAGCCCAAUUCGAUCUCAACAGUAGUGCUAGACAUCCACGGUAUUUACAUCGUCUUGGACAUCGCCAUCGUAUGCCGCUAACUGUCUUAGUCCAAAUACAGAUUGUAUGACAUCAGAGGUGUUUCCAUUAACCCUUUGACCACCCACAGCCCGUGUAAUGUGAAUGGUUCCAUUAACCCUUUGACCACCCACAGCCCGUGUAAUAUGAAUGUAUCCAUUAACCCUUUGACCACCCACAUAUGAAUGUUUCCAUGAACGCUUUGACCACCCACACCCGUGUAAUAUGAAUGUUUCCAUUAACCCUUUCACCACCCACAGCCCGUGUAACUGCACAUGAAAAGUUUCCAUUAACCCUUUGACUCUCAAUAGCCCGUGUAUUUGAAUGUUUCCAUUAACCCGUUGACCCCCCCAAUAGCCCGUGAGUUUGAAUGUUUCCAUUAACCCUUUGACCACCAAUAGCCCGUGAAUUUGAAUGCUUCCGUUAACCCUUUGACCAUCCACAGCCCGUGUAAUUUGAAUGUUUACCAGCUCGUCCAGGAUCACAACCUGACGCUGAGCGGGGUCAAUUGGUUCACAAGCCGACCGGAUGCCUACAGUAGAAUGGUGAGUACCCAGACAUCAAAGCUCCGUUGGAUUGCACGGUGAAGCUCUUGCACAUCUAAGCAUCGUUGCUCAAUGAAACUACAUUUUUCCUCCUUUAAAUAACUUUAACCCGCCAUGGAACAAUUCAUUGGUAAGGAUGUUAAAAGGAGGCGUGUCCUGAGGUGUCGCCCCAUGUUUGUAACCAUCAACCCCCCCCCCUCUCUCUCUCUUCCAUAUUUAUAACGAUCCACCAUAUUUAUAACGAUCCACCAUAUUUAUAACGAUCCACCAUAUUUAUAACGAUCCACCAUAUAUAUAACGAUCCACCAUAUGUAUAACGAUCCACCAUAUUUAUAACGAUCCACCAUAUUUAUAACGAUCCACCAUAUGUAUAACGAUCCACCAUAUUUAUAACGCUCCACCAUAUGUAUACUGAUCGCCCGAGUAAUAACCACAUAUUCAUCAAUUCCAACUCAAUAAUUCAUCCCGUCUUUCAGAAGCUCUACGAGUCCAACAUCAGCAACAGGGACAAGGCCUGCACCGGCGUGUCGGGCUACGGCAGCCCUUGUCCAGACCAGUGCGCACCAACGACCACCACGGUGACGACAACGAAGAGCAGCGUCAGAAACGGUGCGCGCGGUGCGGCUCCUGGAACUGUGCUAUUUAUAGUUGUGUCUCUUUUGUCCGCGGCAAUCCUAAAGUAAAUGUCUCGCGUGUCUCAAACUACGAUCUUGAUCUAUGGCCCGGAGGGUCGGGUUGGGGGGGGGGAGAUAAGUUUUUGACAAUCAAAUCACAAUGGAUAAUCAUUUUUUUUUUUUAAACGGAAAAAACUACAACAAACUAUUGACUCACUCUCUCAGACUAAUCAAAAAUAUUUUUAAAAGAAUAAACUAUUAGAACUUUGGAAAUAGAAAUGAAAACAUGUUAAUCCAUUUUUUUAAAAAAGACACGAGGAAAGAGAUCUUUGUUACAAACGGAAAGAAAUAAUCCAGGGCAAAGAUGGUCAUGAAUGAACUCAGUUGACACAUCAGAAUUAAGCUUGAGGAAUUAGUGUCUAAACGAAUCAAGUAUUAACAAUGUAUAAAUUCAAUAGUCUGUUUCCAAUGACGCACUCUCUCGGGGUAGCCAAACCCACUCUUGGGUAGCCAAACCCACUCUUGAGGUAGCCAAACCCACUCUUAACACUCUUGAGAUAGCCAAAUCCACUCUUAACACUCUUUGGGUAGCCAAACCCACUCUUAACACUCUUGGGGUAGCCAAACCCACUCUUAACACUCUUUGGUAGCCAAACCCAUUCUCAACACUCUUGGGGUAGCCAAACCCAUUCUCAACACUCUUGGGGUAGCCAAACCCACCCUUAACACUCUUUGGGUAGCCAAACCCACUCUUAACACUCUUGGGGUAGCCAAACCCAUUCUUAACACUCUUGGGGUAGCCAAACCCACUCUUAACACUCUUGGGGUAGCCAAACCCACUCUUAACACAUUUGGGGUAGCCAAACCCACUCUUAAAAUAUACCGAAACCCUUUUUAAGAAAAAAAAAUGUGUAUAUGUUUGUGUGUUGGGGGGGGAAUAAGUGAUGUGAAGAUAAUACAAUUAAUGUGGAAGAUUUGAAUUAUAACUCUAAAUUAUCUAAUUAUGUUACAUGUAAAUAAACAGAUAUGUAUUAAUGUAAUCCUAUAUAAGGUAACAUGAUGGUGUUGUUGUUUUGUACUAUCAGUGUAUUCAUCCGCCACUUUUGUGUGAUUGUAUUGAUCUAAAUAUGUUGGGAAUAUGAAGAAGAAAAAAAAAUUGGAUUUAAAUGUUGAAAAUAGACCGGACUACUUUAAUAUUGAAAUUAAAACCGAGAUUCAACAUGGCAUAUUAAAUGCAAGAAAACAUAAAUAAAUGACAAUGUUAACCCAAGAAAUGGGGUUUUCACAUAUUCAGCCUAAAUUACAAGAAAUUUUUUUUUAUCAGGGAACUCGCACAAAAUAAAAG